AUGCAGAUAUUUGUCAAGACUCUGACGGGAAGGACCAUCACCGUUGAGGUGGAUUCCUUAGAAACUGUUGAAGAUGUCAAGCAAAAGAUUCAAGAGAAAGAAGGCAUUCCUUCGGAUCAGCAAAGCUUAGUUUAUUCGCGCAAACAGCUAAUAGAGGACCGAACACUUAUCGAAUACAAUAUUGAAAAAGAUUCGACGCUUCAUUUAGCUCUUCGUCUUCUUGGUGGCGCAAAGAAACGUAAGAAGAAGACUUAUACCACUCCAAAGAAGAUCAAGCAUAAGCGCAAGAAAGUCAAGCUCGCAGUAUUGAAAUAUUACAAAGUUGAUGAAAACGGGAAAAUCACUCGGUUGAGACGCGAGUGUCCGAGCAAUACUUGCGGUGCUGGAGUCUUCAUGGCUUGGCAUUAUGACAGACAGUAUUGUGGCAAGUGUCAUCUCACAUUCGUCUUUAAGAAGGAAGAACAAGAGGCUUGA